UUUCCGGUUUCUUCUCCUUCUUCUUCUUCUUCGCGUGUUUUGCGGCAGACGCAGUUCGCUCAGCAGCGCCCCCUCCCGGCCGAGCAGCGGCAGGAACCUGACAGCGUCAAACAUGUGUGCGGUCCGCCUCUUGUUUUAGUCAAGUCAGUGUGUGGUGCGUGUUAGCUGCGACUUGUGUGAUGGCGAAAGCGUAGCUAGCUAGCUAGCUGACCAGGUGGCGCGUGUCUUAGCUUCUCGGAUUACCUGUGCUCCGCUUCACCUGCCCCCCCCCCCGGGAGGUUCGAGAACCAGCGAGGGCUCUUUAGCACACCGCGGUGCUGCUUAUUAUAAGCUAGGCAGCUGCAGACUCCUGAAAAAGAAAAAUGGCCACCGUUUCAAUUCCUGCUGGUACCAGUGCACUCUUGCUGGAUAUCGAAGGCACAACAACACCAAUCACAUUUGUAAAGGAUAUCUUAUUUCCAUACAUCCGGGAGCAUCUGGAGGAGUACUUGUCUAAUCACUGGGAGGAAGACGAGUGCAAACAAGAUGUCCAUCUGCUAAAGAAACAGAUCGAAGAGGACAUGAGACAGAACCGGUCGUGCCCCGUCCACGCCGUGGACCAGACGGUCCACACAGACGAGGAGAAGGCCAUUAGGGAAGUGGUGGAUAAUGUGCUGUGGCAGAUGGCCGCAGACAGGAAGUCGACCGCACUCAAACAGCUCCAGGGCCACAUGUGGAGGGCGGCGUACGCUUCUGGGAGAAUCAAAGGCGAAGUCUACCAGGAUGUGAUUCCAGCCAUCAGAAGGUGGAGAGGUCAGGGAUUAAAAGUCUUCAUUUACUCGUCUGGAAGCGUGGAGGCACAGAAACUUCUGUUUGGAUACUCUGAGGAAGGAGACGUUUUAGAUUUAUUAGACGGUCACUUUGACACCAGUACAGGAGCCAAAGUGGACGGCAAAAGCUACGAGAGGAUUGCCGAGAGGAUCGGCUGCCAACCCGAGGAGAUCACAUUCUUGACCGACCUCACUCGAGAGGCUAAAGCGGCCGAGGACGCCGGCGUGAACGUGGUGGUGGUGGUCCGGCCCGGAAACACGGAGCUGACGGAUGACGAGAGGGCCCACUACAAGCUCGUCGCGUCCUUUAGCCAGCUGGAACUGACGGGACACGUUUAACGCGGAGGGCGGAGGAAGACGGGGAGAAGUUCCUCGACGUCGUCUCACAGCGACCUGUUCCUUCUCCUCUUUGCCCUCCCUCUCCUCCUCCCUCCUUUUUUUUUUUUUUGGGCAACUCUUCAUGUUUUUGCUUGUGACAGUUGAAGAAGUGCAGGAGGUGGGGCCGCGGUCAGCCGCCAGGUGGGUCGGGAGGCCUUUUCGCGAGUCUGGAAACGGAUCUACGGAGCGCCGUCGCUCUCACUCGGAUCGACUGGGACGAGAACGGAUAAAAACACGCAGGAAGUAAACUGCACACCUGUGAAAUUACUUUACCUUUUUUUUUUUUUUAGAUGGAUCGUAUUUGUUUGUCGAACCUCUCCACUGUUAAAGCUUUCCAGCUGUACGUGUAUUUGUGUAAACCUUUUCCAUCCAUGUGCCGUUGUCUCCCACCACACACACACACACACACACACACACACACGUUGCAGAUGUAAGAGGUUUUAUCCAGUGACCCAACUGUGUAACUGUUGUCAUGUUUUAGAAAGUAGCAUUAUAUGCACUCGGCUCGACAGGAAGUUCCCAUUCCAUACUUUGUCUUAACUAGUCUCCUCAGCAGUUUAAUGGUGUCUAUUUAAAUGUGCCAUCCUCGUAAUGUUGGUGUUGGAAAGUUACCCGAACAAAUUGCCAAAUUGAUGGUUUGUGUGUGCGUGUGAAACAUAAUUGGUGUUAUUCAGGAAAUUAUGAUAUACAAGCUUCCAAUAAAUGCCUUGUCUCAUGCAGAA